AUGCCUCCUCCGAAGACCAAAAAGCUGUGGAUGAAGAUCCGCAGCAAAGACUGGUGGGAAAGAGUUGUGCUUCUGGAGUUUACCGACCUUGAAUGGAAGCAAAACUUUCGGAUGACGCGCUCUUCAUUCACAAAGUUGUGUGGACUGGCAGAGGGAUUUAUGGCUCCUGAUGAAGUCACCGUCAGAGCACCCAUUCCGUGUAUGAUGCGCGUCGCUAUUGUUUUGUAUAGACUUGGUAGCUGCGCAGAAUACCGCCUCGUAUCUAACCAAUUCGGCAUUCACAAAAGCACAGUGAAAAAGUUCACAUACAUGUUUUGUCAGGGCAUGUUAAAAGGACCAAUAAAAGAGCUCAUUCAGAUGCCCAAUGAAGAGGAAGCCUCAGAAAUUGCCACGCGAUUCGAGGCAGCACAUUUCAUCCCUCAAAUCAUGGGACUGAUUGAUGGGACACACAUCCCCAUCCUCCCUCCAUCAGAUGGCUUUAAAGACUUUGUGAACAGAAAAGGAUGGACUUCCUAUGUCCUCCAGGCUGUAGUGGAUGACAGAUGCUGGUACAUUAUUAUACUCAUACACUGCACUUCUUUUCCAACAGCUUAAAUAAGUAAUCAGGCAAAAACAAGCCCUAUAAGAUCCCUCUUUAUAGUUUUCCUCCAUUUACGUAGUUAAAAUUGUAUUGAUUGUGACUGUUACGGUGGCCCUGCAGUGCAAAACAUAACACAAAAAGAGAAAACAACAUAUAAAGAAACAAGUGCAAACUUAUUUUUUAAUUUGUAAAAGUGUUUCACACCUUGUAAUUUUGGUUUGCACUUCUCAGCCACUGUAAGCAAUACCUCCCAUGAGAAUAAAAAGUUAUGGUGGACUCCACAUAAUUAAAUGUAAAUAGCACUGGAGCCCUCUGUUAACCCUGAUGUACAAUAACAGCAUUUAUUUCAUAACAAGUAAAAGACAAUCUAAAAUGAUCUGCCUUAACCCUUUGAUGCGCAUAAUCGGUCUAAAGUGACCCGGCUGAGUUUUUAUUAUCAAUAUCUUUGCAAUUAAUUAAUUUUAUUAUUCAGUCUUCAAGGUAUUCCUCAAUUAACUUGUUUAUUAUCAUCUUGUAUCCUUAUUUCAUUUUUUAACUUUCUUUUUACGUAAAACACCUCUUUUAAUCACUACCCCUCUAAUGCGCAACAUGGGUCUAAAAUGACCCUUAUCCAUUUUAUGUCAUUUCAUGUAUGACUGAGUGUUUCUGUGACAUAUCUUAGAAUGAAAUCUAUUUUUAUCUGUAACUAUUACAAUUAUUCCCGAAAUUACUUGUUACUGUUAUGUACAAAUCCACAUUUUUAUUUUCCCUUAAUUAUUUUAUCAACAAUUACACCUUUUGUCUAUGGUAGUAUCCUGUUUUUUUUAAUCUACUUGUAGAACAAGUAAAGCCAAAAGAUUAACUUGUACUGUUAGACCCAAUGUGAAUAAGGUAGGGGGAAUUAUAUACAACGUCCAGCAACCUGAUUGAUUGUAAUAUUUUUAAAGCCAUUUUUUAAAGCUGAAAUUUGCUUUUCCUCACCCAUAUUAUCAUAAAAGUCUUACCAGUAAAACUAGUGGACCCAAAAAGAGUCUACUGGUUUUACUAUUGAGCAUUUUCCGAUCUACUUAUAGUACUUGUGAACCUUUUUGCUUCACUAGUAAAGUCUACUUUUGACUAAUUAAUAUUUUGAAUACAUGUACUCCAAAUUUGAGUAAAAUUAGAGCUAAACUAAGGUGUAUAUCAUUGAUAUCAAUUGUCUGCCCAAAUGAUUUUUCAUAUUAUUAUGUUCAGUUGAAUUCAGUCAGAACACAGCACAGUUCAACAGUGUAGCUGCGUUAUCAGUCAACUGUUUUCUGUGUAUGUGAGACAAAAUUACAAGUAUGUCAUCAAUAUUGACUACAUCUGUUUUUUUCUUGCCCUACUCAGUGCUAAAGAAAUUACUUGAAACAAAAUACUAUUACAUGAUAAAGUAUAUAAAUCAUAAAUUAGACACAAGUCAUUUUGACGCAUGUCUGUAAACUAAAUAAAAACUAGUUCUGUUCCUAGAAUAAAAAGGGGAAUAUUAAAGUGAAGAUAUGUGGCGAUCAAAAUCAGGAAACUGAAAAAAAUCUUGCCAUAAUUAUUGAUAAAAUGAACCGAUUUAAAAAGAUGGCACAAAGACGAGCUUACCCAGCAUUAAAUAGCCAUUGAAAUGAAUGCGGGUCAUAUUGGACCCAUGUUGCGCAUUAGAGGGGUGUACCUAUGUUGUGCAUCAAAGGGUUAAAAUGCAUCAAAUGCAACCAAAAGUGUAAACCUCAGUAUUAUCUUGUUUCUGAAAGUGAGUGCAUUUGACAGUUAUAUGCAAACAUUUUUUUUGUUUUAGUUUUAGAAGUAUCAGCUGUAAAAUGCCAGGAAGUGCUCAUGACUCAAAUGUGCUCCGUCAGUCUGAUCUCUUCACGAGGGCUCACCUGCUGCCAAAGGUGGGGCUUCUGUCAGCUGAUACUUAUUAUUUUAUAAAAACAACUGUCCAUAUUUGUUGAUCUAUAAAAACAUUUCUAGCAUGUCAUAACACUAAAAAAUGUAUGUGAUAAAUAUUGUACAAGCAUAUCCACCCAGAGGUAAAAAAUAGUUUUUCUUGUUUUUCUCUUCCUGUUUAGUGUGUCAGAAACAUCGAGGGAGAAGAUGUCAGGCUGUUAAUUGUUGGAGACCCUGCAUACCCCCUCCUUGAAUGGCUAGUUAAAGGCUACAUAAGUUCCCCUUACCUGACAAGAGAACAGGAGUCUUUCAAUGUAUACCUCAGCUCUGUACGAGUGGGUAUAGAAAUGACCUUUGGCAUCCUUAAGUCGAGGUGGAGGGUGCUACAGAAAAGGAGUGACUUUCAUUUUACAUUUGCACCGGCCAUGAUCGCUACCUGUUGUGCAUUGCACAACUUCUGCCAGAAAGAGAGAGAUUUCUCCAAUAGCAGCUGGUUGGAGGAACUCAGAGACCACACUGCAAACUACCCUAACCCAACCCAGCCAGUGUACCGACAGAACACUGCGACUGGCAGCAGUGUAAGGGCAGCACUGACCAAAUAUAUGGCCCGCUACUUCCCCCUUCGAACAGGACAUCUUCAUUAA